GAAGAAAAGAUCAAAAUCUCCAGAACUCAGCGGUGUCUCUGUGAAUAGCACAAGAUCCAUGAAUUUUCCCUUUUCAUUCAAUGAUGGAACAGUGACUUCUGCUCCACAGAUUGAGGAGAUAGAUGAUAAAAUUGCAUCCUACGAUCAGACCCACAUCAAGCAGAAAAGAACUGAAGCAGUCCUGCAGAGAGUCAAAGACCAGCACAAAACCAGCAUGAAGAACAAGUUUGGCUUCUUAUUUGAAGGAAACAAACUACAAGGAAAUGAAACCCUCUUGAACAGGAUCUACACACAGCUCUACAUCAUAGAAGGAGAGAGAGAAGGAGUGAAUGAAGAACAUGAGGUUUUACAGAUGGAGAAAUCAUCAGGAGCACAACACUCACAACAAAAUCCAAUAAACUGUAAUAACAUCUUCAAAGCCUUAUCUAAACCAGGAUAUGAGGAGAAAGACAAAAUCAAGACUGUUCUUACUAAAGGCAUCGCUGGAAUUGGAAAAACUGUCUCUGUGCAGAAGUUCAUUCUAGACUGGGCAGAGGGAGAAGCCAAUCAGGAUGUGGAUUUCAUGUUUGUGUUUCCAUUUCGAGAGCUGAACUUGAUUCAAGAUUGUCAGUACAGUCAUCACAGACUUCUGCUGGACUUCCAUCCUGAGCAUCAAGUUCAGGACUUAAAGAUUUAUGAGGAGUGUAAAGUUAUGUUGAUUCUAGAUGGUCUGGAUGAAAGCAGAAUGUCACUGUUUUCAGACGAUGAGAAAGUUUGUGAUGUGAAUGAGUCUUCAUCAGUGGCUGUGUUGAUGUCAAACCUCAUCAGAGGAGAUCUGCUUCCCUCUGCUCUCAUCUGGAUCACCUCUAGACCAGCAGCUUCGAAUCAGAUCCCCUCCAAAUACAUCAACCGUGUGACAGAAAUUCAAGGUUUCAAUGACCCUCAGAAAGAGGAAUAUUUUAGGAAGAGAAUCAGUGAUAAUCUUCAAGCCAGCAGAAUCAUCACAUACAUCAGAAGAGCAAGAAGCCUCCACAUCAUGUGCCACAUCCCCGUCUUCUGCUGGAUCUCAUCCACUGUGAUUGAGAAGCUCCUGAAAGAAGAUCUGCGUGCAGAAAUCCCUCAAACUUUUACUGAAAUGUACAUCCACUUUCUGCUGAUUCAGAUGAGUAAGUAUGAAGAGAGAGAAACUCAGAAACUCAAAAAGACCAAAAGAGAAGUGAUUGUGAAACUUGCUGAAGUGGCUUUCAAGCAGCUGAUGAAGGGCAAUGUGAUGCUCUAUGAGGAAGACCUGAGAGAGAGCGACUUAGACAUUACUGAAGCCUCAGUGUAUUGUGGUUUCUGUACUGAGAUCUUUAAGGAAGAAUCAGUGAUUCAUCAGAGGAAGGUCUACUGCUUCAUUCAUCUGAGCGUUCAGGAGUUUCUCGCUGCUUUCUAUGUGUUUAACUGCUAUUUAAGCAGCACCAUGGAAGCCCUUAAGAACUUUGAUCCAAUGUACAAUUUGCAUAAAGGUGCAGUAGAUAAAGCCUUAGAAAGUAAAAAUGGACAUCUGGAUCUGUUCCUACGGUUCCUGCUGGGCAUCUCACUGGAGUCCAAUCAGAGACUCUUACAGGAUCUACUGACAAACACAGAGAACAGCUCAGAGAGCAUCAGGAGAACCACACAGUAUAUUAAAGAAAAGAUCAAAGAUGAACAUGGACUCUUCACUGAAAGAUCUAUCAAUCUGUUCCUCUGUCUGCUGGAAGUCAAAGAUCAGACUCUGUCCACAGAAAUUCAGGAGUUUGUGAAAUCAGAGAAACACAAAGAAAAAAAACUCUCUCCAUCUCACUGCUCAGCAAUCGCCUACAUGCUUCAGAUAUCAGAGGAGGUGCUAGAUGAGCUGGAUCUCAAGAAAUACAACACAUCAGAUGAGGGCAGAAGAAGACUGAUACCAGCUGUGAUCAACUGCAGAAAAGCUCUUCUUGCUGGCUGUAAUCUCACUGGUCAAUCCUAUGAAAUUGUGUCAUCAGCUUUACAAUCCUCAAACUCUGUCCUGAGAGAGCUGGACCUGAGUAACAAUGACCUGCAGGAUUCAGGAGUGAAGCUACUCUCUGAUGGGCUGAAGAGUCCAAAAUGUCAGCUGAACAUUUUAAGGUUGUCUGGCUGUAUGGUGACAGAGGAAGGCUGUCAUUAUCUGUCUUCAGCUCUGAGUUUAAACCCCUCACACCUGAGAGAGCUGGAGCUGAGCUACAAUCACCCAGGACAAGCAGGAGUCCAGCUGCUUUCCGACAAACUGAAGGAUCCAAACUGCUCACUAAAAAUACUCAAUUUGGACCAUGGAGAGCCUUUCAGGAUCCGACCAGGUCUACAGAAAUAUUUCUGUGAUCUCACACUGGAUCCAAACACAGCAAACACUCAACUCAUUCUGUCUGAGAACGGAGAGGUGAAAUAUGUGGAACAGCCGCAGUCGUAUCCUGAUCAUCCAGAGAGAUUUAAAGAUAUUCCUCAGGUUCUGUGUCGAGAGAGUCUGACUGGACGUCAUUACUGGGAGGUUGAGCGGACUGGCUGGGCUCGUAUAGCAGUGGCCCACAAAACAAUCAGCAGAGAAGGGACUGUUGGAUACAAUAACAAGUCCUGGUGUCUCUUCUGCAUUAGUGAUGGAUUUGUUGUCUGGCACAACAAUCAGAACGAAAACAUUACUGCUCCUUCAACCUUCUCUGUAAGAGUAGGAGUGUAUCUGGACUGGCCGGCCGGCACUCUGUCCUUCUACAGCAUCUCAGAAACACACACACUCACACACUUACACACAUUCAGCACCACAUUCACUGAACCCCUCUAUGCUGGAUUUAAGGUUUUUGAUUCCUCACUCUCACUGUGUAAGAUUACACAACAGACAAACAAAUGAUUUCUACUUAUUUCAUAAUCAUGAUCACAUGUCCAUUAAUGAAAAGAUUUGUUGUAUGAGGUAUAUAAUUUAUUAAUUUAACUGAAAUAGUAAAUGCAUGUUGAAAAAAAAUGUUGUUAAACACAUGUAAAAUUACUAUGUCCUGUAUAUUCAGUCCCACUUUAUAUUAGAUGACUUUAACUACUACAGAUGAAAAAAAACCUUACUGUGUUGAUGUUGUAUUGCAAAACACAGUUUCUGCUAUUGAUGUGGGAUACGGGUGAGGUUAAGGACAGGUUUUGUGGUAUGGUUAAAUUUGAAUUAUAGACAUAACUACAGAAAUAAGAAACAGAAGUAAUAUUUAUGAUUAAUAAGAGAGCAUAUUUAAAAGAGCAAAUACACAUUUGUGUUGUACAUCAUUCAAGUUAUUUCUUUAUCUCUUCCACAUUACUUCCUACACAUAUCAUAUUAUGCACUGCAAUCAUUUCAAUCAUUUUUGUUAUUUUUCUCUCACUGUAAUCCUAACUGUAUGUUGAGUAUGUUGGGUAUAAUAAAGUUUGUUGAAUUUAUUUUAGUCAGACAGUGUCUAACUAAACAUGAAAAGAGAUGCAACUAAGAUGACUCAAUAAAAUAUCAACCAUAUAACUAACUACUAUCACUUCAUCUCCUGAAUUCUGAACGCACCAGCUGCUUCCUGCUUUAGGGCUGACAGAAUUAAAUAAUUCUUUAUUUAUUUCUUUGGCAAAUUGAUAUGUGUGGUAUUUUGAACUGCAGUGUCACUGAGAUCCUCCUGUCUUAGACUCGAAUAUGAGACAAAAGUGAAUGAACCGGUUUCUCCAGAUGAAUGAUCUAUUCCUGAAGUGUGUUCACUGUAAAUCUGCAGUGUCCAGUCUAACACAAUACAGAUCAUGUACCUUCAGUGUCUUCAUUAAUUAAUGAACUUUCAUUUGGGUUUAUUUAAUCUUUGAAAUGGCAAGUCAAAACAGAAUGAAAAGUUAUCACUUCAAAAUUAAGCAAAUUAUUAAUUCAGUAAACUGCAUUAAACUGCACUUAAUUCAGUUAUUAUUCUCAGUACAAUUAAUCUUAGAAUCACACGGGGAGAGAUUGUAAAAGAAAUACAAUGCAAUACUAUCACAUUUUAAUAUUCUGUAUUAGGUCUGGACUAUUUAAGGCUCAGGUGUUGCUGAUCGGGGAUUCUGGUUUACUUAUGGCUGAAAAUCGAUACCAAUGCUAAAACAUAUUAAGGCCCAGUGUAGGGCCACUUAUGGGCUAUUAAUUGGCUGAGACUCAGGCCAGUUAUGGCCCAUGUGUAGCCCUUGUCUUUAAUCAUGAUCUGGGCCACUCCAGGGCCGUCAUUCUUUGCGGUAUGUGGGCCAAGAGAAAUGGUUUGUGUAGACCAGAGCUGGGACAGAAAAAAAAUAUUGCUAUGUGUGCUGCAUCAGACUGGACGUUUUAUGGUGAUUUGGAUUAGAGCCUGAGCACUCUUCUAUCUUUGAUGAACAUGUAGCGCCCCCUUCUGGAAACAGAAAGAACAAUCUCUUUAUUUAUUUAUUUAUUUAUUUAUUUAUUUUAUUAUUAUUAUUAUUUAUUUAUUUUAUUGAAUGUCCACCAUUCAGAAUGAAAUUUAAAUGUUUGAAUUUGAAUUUAAUUUAUGGACAGGGAACCUUUAUAAUCAUAUUAUAUAAUUAUGUAAUUAUAAUAAAAUAAAUGCAGAUAUUGUGCAUGCUAAGCAUAUUUUAAAUAUAAUAUUUAUACAAAGUCUUACAAAACAUUAGCUGUUUACUUUCUACUUUAAAAGAUAAGUGUAAAAAAUCUGUAGAUCUUUCUUUGUGAAUAUUCAUGUAUUCAUGUAGUAUCUCACUUUUCUCAUUGAUUCCCUAUUUAAAGGUCUAUAAGCAUUUAAUUCAAAUUCCUAAUUUAUUUAGGCAUAAAUUACUCCUAAAAAACUCCUAAUUUAUUUCAUGGUUCUGCAAAAAUGUACUAUUAUAUUGAGUCUGAAGGGUAUUGUACUUGUAAUAUCUCAUGACUCAAGUCACUUUUCUUAAUACUCACAUUCUCACUCCAAAGGCGUCAAAAACCGAAGCACGGUCAAGCGCCCCUAGCGUCACUUUUAUGAUGCCAAAUGUGCCUCCCGGCGUCGAAUAGAAUAUCAAAGCACUGCGACCUUCAUUGCUUUCAGUGGGAAACUUUUGGCGUCAGAAUUCGACACGAGGACAUGAGAUGUUUAUCGCUAUGAAAUCACGUUCAAGAAGUCUCAUUCAGCACACAUCGCGA